AUGGCAAGUUUCAACUGUUUUAUCGUAGCACUCUUCGUUCUUUUAUCAUUUUCGGGUGGGGAAGCUGCUCGUCAUCUUCAGCAAUUGGCGAAUUUGCCUAAACCACCAUUGCCUUCUAUACCGACACUUCCACAGCCCACAUUACCAACCUUGCCAACUACUCAACCUUCACUGCCUAAGCCCACUUUGGCUCCACUUCCGAGCCUGCCAACAAUGCCAACCAUGCCUGUUGUCCCCAAGGUCGCAUUGCCUCCACUUCCCAGUCUGCCAACAUUGCCUGCUGCCCCCAAGGUGACCUUGCCUCCACUUCCAAGCAUGCCCACAAUCCCCACAAUUCCAAUCCCAACUACAAUUCCCUCCAUUCCACUCCUCUCCCCACCACCUGCUACCACUAGCCCUUGA